CCUAUAUCGCGGAAGUGGAACUUGUCAGAGUUCAUCCUGCUGUCUCAGAAAGCCAGUGCUGCAGCUUUUGUAGCCUCUGUUACCCUCUCAAACCAGACAGUAAAAUCUCAAAACAAUGUCUCUGUCUUUCGAGGGAAGAGUCGUGCUUGUUACUGGGGCCGGAGGAGGUCUUGGCAGAGAAUAUGCACUGGCUUUUGCUGAGAGAGGUGCCUCAGUAAUAGUGAAUGACCUUGGGGCAGACACUAAAGGAGGCGGAAAGAGUUCUGCAGCUGCUGAUAAGGUGGUGGAAGAGAUAAGAGCGAAGGGAGGCAAGGCAGUGGCGAACUAUGAUUCUGUAGAAGAUGGAGAGAAGCUGAUCCAGACAGCAUUGGAUGCAUUUGGAAGAAUAGAUGUUGUUGUAAACAAUGCUGGAAUACUUCGUGACCGAUCAUUUGCCAGGACGAGUGAUUUGGAUUGGGACCUCAUUCAAAGAGUUCACUUGAGAGGCUCUUUCUUAGUGACUCGAGCUGCCUGGAACCACAUGAAAAACCAAAAGUUUGGCAGAAUCAUCAUGACUGCUUCAGCCGCUGGGAUCUAUGGCAACUUUGGCCAGGCCAACUACAGCGCUGCCAAGCUGGGCUUGCUGGGGCUGGCUAACACUUUGGCAAUCGAGGGUCGCAAGUACAACAUCCACUGCAAUACGAUUGCUCCUGUUGCUGGGUCACGGCUCACAGAAACAGUCAUGCCUCCAGAUCUUGUGGCGUCUCUGAAGCCUGAGUAUGUUGCUCCUUUGGUCCUCUGGCUCUGUCAUGAACAAUGCCAGGAGAAUGGAGGACUGUUUGAGGUUGGUGCAGGCUGGAUUGGUAAAUUGCGCUGGGAGCGUACUCAGGGCUAUAUAGUGAGACAGAAGAACCAAUCCAUGAAACCCGAGGCCAUCAGGGACCACUGGGAAAAAAUAUGUGACUUUACAGAUGCCACCAAACCUGCUAAUGUACAAGAGUCUCUGCAGUCAAUGGUGAGUGUGCUGUCUCAAGUGGAAUCACAGGGUGAUGUUGGUGUGAAUCCAGCAGCAGCUGCAGCCUCUGCAGGCUUGGGAUCAGGGAUUGAUCCUACUAAAGCAGUGGGACAAAAACUUCCUCCAACCACUUUCAGCUUCAACCAUACCCAGUGUAUCCUGUAUGCGCUGGGUGUCGGGAUGUCCACCAAGGACCCAGACCAUCUGAGGUUCCUGUAUGAAGGCCAUCCGGACUUCGGCUGCCUCCCCACCUUCGGGGUCAUUCCCUCCCAGGCAGCUAUGAUGGGUGGCGGCCUGAGCUCAGUCCCUGGACUCAACAUAGAUUUUACCCAGGUGUUGCAUGGAGAGCAGUACUUGGAGCUCUACAAACCUCUGCCAACUUCAGGUAAACUCACCUCUGAGGCCACGAUAGCAGACGUGUUGGAUAAAGGAUCUGGAGCUGUCAUCCUCCUGGAUGUGAAUACCUACAGUGGCAACGAGCUGGUGUGCUACAACCAGUUUUCAGUGUUUGUUGUCGGCGCUGGAGGCUUCGGAGGAAAGAGAAGCUCUGAGAAAGCCAAACCUCCUGUUCCUCCUCCUAAACGCUCACCAGAUGCUGUUGUGAUUGAUUCGACCACAAGAGACCAAGCUGCCUUGUAUCGCCUGAGCGGAGACUGGAACCCUCUUCAUAUAGACCCCAGCUUUGCUGCUAUGGGAGGCUUCAAAGCGCCCAUCCUGCAUGGCCUGUGUUCGUUCGGCUUCGCUGCGAGACACGUCCUCAAGCAGUUCGCCGACAACGACCCCUCCAGAUUCAAGGCCAUCAAGGUUCGCUUUGUGAAGCCGGUGAUGCCGGGUCAGUCACUGCAGACUGAGAUGUGGAAGGAAGGCAACAGAGUUCACAUCCAGUGCAAAGUGAAGGAGACCGAUGCAGUUGUGCUGGCAGGAGCCUAUGUGGAUUUGCACGGAACCUCAGGAGCAUCUCCAGAAAAUCUCUCUCAGGGAGGUGGCCUUCAGAGUGAGCUGGUGUUUGCAGAGAUUGGCCGUCGUAUCAAAGACGCGGGCUCAGAGCUGGUCAAGAAGGUGAACGCUGUGUUCGGCUGGGAGAUCACGAAAGAUGGGAAGAAAGCGGCACAGUGGACCAUUGAUCUGAAGAGCGGCAGCGGGUCAUUGCACAAAGGGCCUUACAGCGGAAAGGUGGAUGUGACCAUGACUGUGUCGGACGAAGACUUCAUGGAGGUGGUGCAGGGGAAGCUCAACCCUCAGAAGGCCUUCUUCUCUGGCAAGCUGAAGGUUAGAGGGAACAUCAUGCUGAGUCAGAAGCUGGAGGUUAUCCUGAAGGACUACGCCAAGCUGUGAGCUCCUCAGCCAGCCAAUCAAACGACUUCAAGAACUGAUCAACCUACAAGCUCGCUUUCUCCUUCUGUGUGUGUGUGUGUGUGUGUGUGUGUGUGUGUGUGUGUGUGUGUGUUUACAUACUUUUCCUCUCGAGGAAAACACACACAAAGUGACCCUGAGAAUUAAUUCUGAAGUGUCACUAAUCAAGUUUCAAAGAGUCUGAAAUAAAGCGUCUUUAUUCUCAGCCAUCAUGAGGAGAAACUCUAAUUUACACCUGGGUACAGUCGCUCCUUGCUAACCUGUGCCUAAUGAAUCAUGUAGAAAAUAACCAAAGCAUUUCAUAUAUGUAAUUGCUUCACAAAGACUGUGCUCAAAUGUGUCUAAUGAAACGAUUGCUCUAUUAAAAAAAAAGAACUAAAUGAGAAUAAAAAGUCAUCGUUUAACACUUAAA